GUCGCGGGGGCAGCGGGGGGGCAGCGCGGCCGCCCGGUCCCUGCGUUCCGGUCUCUCCCGGUCCCUCCAGUCCGGUCCCUCCCGCCCCUCCCGCCGCCUCCGCCAUGGGCCUGACGGUCUCCGCCAUCUUCUCCCGCAUCUUCGGGAAAAAGCAGAUGCGGAUCCUGAUGGUGGGGUUGGACGCCGCUGGUAAAACCACCAUCCUCUACAAGCUGAAGCUGGGAGAGAUCGUCACCACCAUCCCCACCAUCGGAUUCAACGUGGAGACCGUGGAGUACAAGAACAUUUGCUUCACUGUCUGGGACGUGGGUGGCCAGGACAAAAUCCGACCCCUCUGGAGGCAUUACUUCCAAAACACGCAGGGUCUCAUCUUCGUGGUGGACAGCAAUGACCGUGAGCGAGUGCAGGAGUCUGCUGAGGAGCUGCAGAAGAUGCUGCAGGAGGACGAACUGAGGGACGCCGUCUUGCUGGUCUUUGCCAACAAGCAGGACAUGCCCAACGCCAUGGCGGUGAGCGAGCUGACUGACAAGCUGGGGCUGCAGAUGCUGCGCAGCAGGACCUGGUACGUGCAGGCAACGUGUGCGACGCAGGGCACGGGGCUCUAUGACGGGCUGGACUGGCUAUCGCACGAGCUCUCCAAGCGUUAGCUGCGCCGGUGGCACCGGAUGAGCCGGGGACGUCUCUUCCAACUGCUGUUUUGUUUGGUUUUCUUUGUUUUAUUGGGGGGGGGGUCCUUUCUCCCCCCGAGUGGCCUCGUCUCUGUGUGUUUAUCUGGUAGGACUUGAACCUCAAGGACUCUUUGGGCAGCUCCUCUCGGUGGUGGUCCUGCCUUCGCCCUCCCCACCUGCAUGUGCCAUCCGGACCUGCUGGGGAGGCAUGUCCCCAAGUGUCCCAGAUCCUCACCUGGAGGCAGCGUUGGAGGCUGAGCAGGGCUGGGACGCAGGAAGGAUCCUACUUUUUAAUCCUUCGAUAAACUUUAUAGUUCUCUUUCUUGCAGGGACCGGGGGGUGUGGCUGCGUAACGUGCUGUCGUAUCAUGAGUAAUAAUUAAAUGCCACCACUUUGACAGGCUGAGAGAGUUGGGCU